GCCGGCUCGGCGCUGGAAGAAAGCAAGGAGUCGGCGCCGGCUGCAGACUUGCGCUGCCCACGCGAUCGGUCCUUUCCAGCAGGCUCCCAGUUCCCGCUUCCGCACCAUGGACUCCCUGAUGCAGGUGGUCAACUUCGGGCCCGGGCCAGCCAAACUGCCGCGCUCCGUAUUGUCAGAGAUACAAAAAGAGUUAUUAGACUACAAAGGAGUUGGGAUUAGUGUUCUUGAAAUGAGCCACAGGUCAUCAGAUUUCUCUAAGAUUAUUAACAACACAGAGAACCUUGUGCGGGAAUUAUUAGCCGUUCCAGACAACUACAAGGUGAUUUUUGUACAAGGAGGUGGGUGUGGCCAGUUCAGUGCUGUCCCCUUAAACCUGAUUGGCCUGAAAGCAGGAAGGUGUGCCGACUAUGUGGUGACGGGAUCCUGGUCAGCUAAGGCCGCGGAAGAAGCCAAGAAGUUUGGGACUGUGAAUAUUGUCCACCCCAAACUUGGGAGUUACACGAAAAUUCCAGAUCCGAGCACCUGGAACCUCAGCCCGGAUGCCUCCUAUGUGUAUUACUGCGCCAAUGAGACCGUGCACGGAGUGGAGUUUGACUUUAUCCCUGAUGUCAAGGGAGCAGUGUUGGUCUGCGACAUGUCCUCAAACUUCCUGUCCAAGCCAGUGGAUGUUUCCAAGUUUGGUGUGAUUUUUGCUGGUGCCCAGAAGAACGUUGGCUCUGCAGGGGUCACGGUGGUGAUCGUCCGAGAUGACCUGCUGGGGUUCGCCCUCAGAGAGUGCCCCUCGGUCCUGGAUUACAAAGUGCAGGCCGGAAAUAACUCCCUGUAUAACACACCUCCCUGCUUCAGCAUCUAUGUCAUGGGCUUGGUCCUGGAGUGGAUUAAGAACAACGGCGGUGCAGCAGCCAUGGAGAAGCUUAGCUCCAUCAAAUCGCAAAUGAUUUAUGAUGUUGUUGAUAAUUCUCAAGGAUUCUAUGUAUGUCCAGUGGAGCCCCAGAAUAGAAGCAGGAUGAAUAUUCCAUUCCGCAUUGGCAACACCAAAGGAGAUGAUGCUUUAGAAAAAAGAUUUCUCGACAAAGCUCUUGAACUCAAUAUGAUCUCCCUGAAAGGGCAUAGGUCCGUGGGAGGCAUUCGGGCCUCUCUGUAUAAUGCUGUCACCAUCGAAGAUGUCCAGAAGCUGGCAGCCUUCAUGAAGAAUUUUUUGGAGAUGCACCAGCUAUGAGCACAUCCUAACGAAUAUACACUCUGCCCUUGAACAAUGUACAAAAUUGAAAGUCACUUGGGCAUGGCUAAAAAAACUAAACAUAAUAUUUUUCUCGAAUGAACAUGCUUAUGAUAGAUUUUCUUCUUUUUUCAGAGAACAGCAAAACAUCCACAGCUAUGCUAAGCUGUUGAAACUUAACCUUAAUUCUGGCUUGAACUGGAAGCUUUUAAAAAAUCUUCUCUUGCUUUUCUACCAAAUUCUAACUACUGUUGUCUUUGCUGCUACUUUUUCUGCCUAGAUCUCAUAUUCAAAGCUGCCUAUGAGUUUAAUUAUAUGCAAAUUGCAGGUUAUUAUUUUUAGAGACACACAAACACAUAGCAUGGAGGGUGGGUGGAGCCCUCUAGGUGCUGAAUUUUGAUCCUUUGCAAGAUGACAGCAGUGGGGUCUUCUGGAUUCUGCAGCUAUUAAUUCAGGUCACCACCGACCGUGUUGUGAUGUUCCAGACUAAAAGGCAAACUGGAGAUUGUUCUUUAUACUGUUAUACUCAUAAAGAGAUAAAAGUGACAUACUAUAUGUUUAUCUAGCAAGGUCUGUUUUUAAUACCAAAUAGUUUAUAUCUCUGCAUUUAUAUCUCUGUGCAUUUAUAUUUCUAAUAAUACGGUUCUUGUUGAUAUAUGUUGAGACUUUGAGAAUUUGUUAGGGUCCUUGACCUUGUGCAUUAGAGUGUUACGUUCUCAACAGCUGUGUGCCUCCCCUUCCCCCUCCCCUCUCCCUUUUUAAGCUGCUUCACAAGAUUUGGAAGCUCCCUGAUUCACUUUUACUUUCCUUUCAGUGGGUAGAAGAACGGUUGGUUGGUUGGUUGGUUGGUUGGUUCUUUGUUUCUCAGUUAUGCUGUUAAACUAAAAAUCUCUGUUAAACUCCCUUACUGUUUGCUCACGUGACUGUUCUUUUUAUGGUGUUUGACCAGUGAUGCCAUGAGUUCGGGAAGAUCUUUGCUGAAGCGUCUUUUCCCCUCUUGUUUAUCCAUUGUCAGUGUUUUAUGUUGACCGUGCGAAGGACAUUAAAGUCCUAAAACAUCUAAAUCUUUGUCAAUGAAUUUCUUUACAUGCUUUUUAGACAGAUUGUUCUUUUAAAAACUUUAUGUUGGGAAAAC